AUGGCGGCGCUGCUAGCAGCACCACCGUCCAAGGCUAAACCCUUCUCAGCUUUAGCCCCCCACCGCCCAAACGUUAAACCAGCAAACACCCAUAUUCCUGCUAUUACACAUUAUCAUCAAGAAUUUGUAUAUUAUGCUAGAACCAUUAGAAAAACACGAAAUUCCUUAAAUUAUGGUUCCAAAAGAAAAUUUGGAAAUGGCAAGAGUAAAAUUCCCAUUGCGAGUGCAGCAUCAAUUCCAUCACCAGAAUGUGGAAAAGAUUUAAAAUUUGGGAGAAUUUUGCUGUCUGAUGUGGUAGUGAAGAGGAGGAGGAAUGUGUAUUGGGGCAGAAAGUGGAAUUCUUUGGAUGUUGCCACCGUAGGAGUGGUGGUUGCUAUGCAUUCGCUGUGCCUAUUUGCCCCCUUCACAUUCAAUUGGGGUGCUUUAUGGGUUGCAGUUGGAUUGUAUAUUAUCACUGGCCUUUUGGGUAUCACUCUUUCUUUUCAUAGACAUCUUUCUCACAGGAGUUUCAAGCUUCCCAAAUGGCUUGAGUACUUUUUUGCAUAUUGUGGCGUUCAAGCACUUCAGGGAAGCCCAAUUGAUUGGGUGAGCACACAUAGGCACCAUCAUCAAUUUUGUGAUUCCGAGAAAGAUCCACAUAGUCCCAUAGAAGGAUUCUGGUUUAGUCACAUGAGUUGGCUUUUUGAUAGAAACUCCAUUCUUGAAAGGUGUGGAAAGCCCGACAAUGUUGGAGAUUUAGAGAAGCAACCCUUCUAUAAAUUUCUUCGAAGUACUUAUGUAAUCCACCCAAUUGCACUUGGAGCUCUAUUGUAUGCACUUGGAGGAUUUCCAUACAUUGUUUGGGGAAUGGGUGUGAGAAUCGUGUGGGUGUACCACAUUACUUGGCUGGUGAAUUCAGCUUGCCACGUUUGGGGAAAGCAAGCAUGGAACACGGGUGAUCUAUCGAGAAAUAAUUGGUGCGUGGCUAUGCUUGCAUUUGGAGAGGGCUGGCAUAAUAAUCACCAUGCGUUCGAAUAUUCAGCUAGACAUGGACUGGAAUGGUGGCAAAUAGACAUGACUUGGUAUGUAAUUAGGUUUCUUGAAGCUAUUGAAUUGGCCACUGAUGUGAAGCUACCGAACUCUACCCAAAAGCAAAGGAUGGCGUUUAGCAAUUGA